GUCCUGUAGCUUUCCUUUCUCAUUACAUGCUACAUCAGAGUCUCAAUGAACUCCCCAACUCUAUUUCCUAUUCUAGCAGGUCCGUUUAAAUCAACGCGCAAAAUGACCUACUAAUCCUCCUAAUUGGAGAAAUUCCAUUUAGCAGACGUAUCCUAUUUCUACCACCAAAGCUGUCUUUCCUUGACAAAAUUUACAGUCAGCUCAACCUGUCUUAAUAACGUUAUUUCACUGAAGCAAGAUGCGUGCCUUAUAAAAGCUGGGUGUCAUUUACGAGCUUUUUAAAGCUUACGCUAUAAAAAAAACCUCGGCCAAGUCAAUGCAAACUUGUCAGGUUUGCCAAAAGGUCGCCUCGGAGCGAGGUGCUCCCAGUCGGUUUUUCUGCUAUACUACAUAGAAUGCGGACUGGAAUAUAAAAGGGGUGCACUCGGUCAUUUCCACCUAGUCCAAUAUAGCCGGUGAAUUCUUUUAACCAGGCUGACUCGUAACUGGGCGUGACCUGCUGUUUCACAACAAACCCUGUUUAUUGUCAUGAACAAGCACCGGAUCAUGGAUUGUGUCAGGGAACUGACAUCGGAGCUAGAGGCGGAGGGAAGGCUCUCAAAUGAUGCUGGAGAAGGGCCCAGCAGGGAGAGAGGCAGCUCUGCAGAUGGGGAAGCUAAUCAGCGCAACACCAGGGAAAAAGAGGGGCUGAUGGGGGAAUCGGCGAGAGGGCUCCAGGACUCUUCACUGGACACCAGCGGGGAGAGCACGGGUCCUCCGCUACCCACGCCCACCCUGCGCAGAAGACUUCCGCGCAGAGAGAGUAGGAGGAGACUGGGUGUCAAACAACUUUUAUGUUGGAAAAGAUUUAAGAAACGCCCACUGACGGAUUCUGCUAGCGACUGAGGCAGCCACGAAGUGAAGGGCUGCCCAGACUGAAAGGUUUAGCAAGGCAACAAAGCCUGGAGAGGCGACAACUUACGCACGAGCAACCCAUACACAUUACAGAUUGCUUGAAGGUUCACUGCGUCAUUCAAAACUAAUAAUGCAUGGCAUGUGAAUUCAGCAGUCACAGAACCAGGGUGUAUGAGACAUGUUUUUCCAUAAGGGUGGCAAUUUAUGCAUUGUCAAAACAGGGAGGAAAUGCACCCACUGAUCCCCCGACUAUGACCAGGUGAUGUGUGUGCCUGCUUGGUCUGUUGCCCAGGUGUCAAAUGCAGAGGGGCCACUGCAGAAGGACCCCUGCUCUCACUUCAUAGGGUUCUUUUGCUUUAAACUAGACUUGUUCAAAAGGGCCCUCCAGAUGUUGUUUGACUUCAGCUCCCAUCAGCCUCAAUCAGCAUUACCACUGGUCAGGAAUGGUGGGAAUUGUAAUCCAGCAACAUUGGGAUGGUGGGGCAUAUGUUCUCCACUCCACUGCAACAGCAUAAAUGUAAUUUCACAGUUAUCUUACUGCACACAGAAGAACUAACAUUACAAAUUUAUCAUAUUGCCAUUGUCAUUUUAUUAUAGGACAACCCAGCCAGAUGGGUGGGGUAUAAAUAUAACAGCAACAACAACAUACCACAUUUCCCACAAGUAAAUUGGUGCUCAAAACAGUUCACAGAAAAAUCAAAAUCUAGACAUAAUAAGAUGUAUGAUAUCAGUGCAGCGUAGCACUAAAAAUAGUAAUUAUCAAUAAUUAACAGUUCAUCUAACAUAUAUAAAUAUUUACUCAAGUGUAGAGUUUACUGAUAGAAGAAGUCAAGUCCAAGCUAUCUCUUGAAUAAGUAAUGGUAUUUCAUAAGAACUAGCCAGACAGGACUCAUGUUGUGGUGAUAGCAGUGAAUUUGAAUGGCUCUAUAAAUGACUAUUAGACAUGAUGGCUAAAUGGAACUUUCAUCUUAAGAUGAAAAUACCUGUAAAUACCAGAUAUUGGGAUAGGCAAUGGGGAGAAUGAUGCUCCCAUGACCUACCUGAAUUUUUUCCAUUGUUCCAUUGGAUUGAGCUUCAUUCUGAACCCUGAUAUUUAGUUUGAAGGAAGGAAGUGUUUUAAUGUGUCCUGCAUUUCAAAUAGUAUGAACCAAAAAAACACAUGCCAUGUUUAUUCACAAAGGAUUGUUUCGUAUGAAAUACCCUUGCUUGGGGAAGACAUGAUAUCUUUAUUAUAGAUCUGUCACCCAGCUGAAUAAAUCUGAGCUGAUUAAUUGUGUGAGUUUUAGUUGGCCGAUUGGUUGGUUCAUGUUAAAUCUGCUUAUCUCAACAUAUAUUGACAACCAGCAGUUCUGAAUUGGCCUGGGGGAAAAUAUCAUUUCUGCAUCAUGGUUCUGUGAUGGAAAUCCUACUGAUUUCAAGGGGGCCUAACCCCAAAUAAAACUGUUAAAGAGCGGAGCCUCACACUCUGUUUGGAAAUACCCUGUGCAAAAUCUUGGCUUUGUGGCCAUGGGGAGAUAAACUUAAUUUCCCCUUGCUAAAUUAACUUCUGUAAGAGUUGUGGUAAGGACUGGUCACAGAACAGGCAUGUGAGAGAACUCUGACCUUCUGUGCCUUCAUCAAUCUUACUUUCCUUUUCACCCAAAUGUGUUGGGGAAGAGUAAGGGGAGAUAAUAGGAGACCCAACCAAAAGUGAAGAAGAUGAGAUGCUCCUCUAAAAUGGCACUCAAUUAACUGAGGGGAGGAACAGCAUUUUUAAUUGUUUGGAAGAUCUUUAAUGAACAAUUUCAUUUGAUUAAUCGGUUAAACAUUGCAGCUUUGCCAAGUUUUCUCUGGAUCCACACCUAAUGGCAUAAAUCUAUGACUGACUGCAAAGUCAGCUCCCAAUGAAACAGUCUUCCUGGAUGAAGCAAGGUGAGGUGGAAAUGCAACCAUUCUUUUUUGAUCCUGAAUUUCAAAAAUUGUCAUCUUGGGAGACUUGCUUUGUCCAAAGCAAAGCACAACCACUAUUGAGACAGCUCUUCAUUAAGAAUAACAAGCAUUCCCCAGAGAUGUUAAUCAUUACCAACAACUGUGAUUCCCCAACUGCAUAAAUGCAUUAUCACCCCUUUAUACAUCUCCCAGACAAUAACGAGACAAUAUCCUUCCAGCGUAAGACCUUGGACCUCCAAUGGAUAAUAAGUGAUUCUUCAAUGAUUACCAGAAUCCAGGCUACUGCAGAAGUUGUACAGGCACACAGAAAUGAUGUGAUUAGGCUUUGUGUUGCUCAGCAGAGCCUUGGCUAGGUCUCCAAUAUUUUAAGCUAUUGUAAUGGAGCAGAGCAAGCCUUUUAUAUCACAGUAAAUAGUUCUGACAUCAAGCUGAUGGAUCAUUCUCCCCCCUCUCUGCAAAAGGGCUCACAGCUUUCAAAUGCAAACGAGUCUAGAAACCUUGGUGCGCAUUAUGUCAUAUUAGAAGUAUUCAUCCAAAGUAACAUCUUAUAACCAAGGGAAGGAGAAAAGCUAUUUUCUCCUUACAGAGAGGGUUGCUUUUGGAAGACUUUGGUAAGCCUAGAAAAAGCUUAUAAUCCAAUGCAGACUUGCAGCAGGCUGACCUAUAGUCCUUCACUAAUCUUUUGAAGGCUGAAGGUCCAACGAUAUGUACAGAUUGUAACAUUAUUAUGUCCUUUAAGCAAGUUCUCAAAUAGAUUAGGACUGCAAUACUUAUUUAUUAUUUAUCUAUUUCCAAUAUGGAUAGACAGCUAUGCUCCAGGGGUGGUCAGAAAGAAGUUUACACAACCAUCAAGAAAAAGAGUUCAUAAACCAAAAUAAUGCGGUCUUUAAGGCAAACAGCUGCCACAAAGUAAAAAGUAAGUUCAGUAAAUAGGCAAAGUAUAACUUGCUUAAACAGAAAAGUAUUUUUCAAGUGCCCAAAAUUCCAAGGGUUAAGCAGCUCAGUCCCUAAUCUCUCCAUUACAAAGCAGCUUUUCGUGUUUUUUUAAAAAGGGUUAUUAGGAAACGCAGACAGUCUAAAAAUGUAAGUGGCACCAAACUACACAUCAUAUGGCCCACAGGACCUAGGUUUAUGUGUAAUAUGUAGCUUAGCCCACUUCUACACAGGCAACCUAAAUUUCCAGACUUAACUACAAAAGGCAGUGGGACUUUAAAUGGAUUGAAACCUGAUUUGAUUGCAAAUAAUGGAAUUCACAGCUUCCUAUAGUCAAUUUGUAAUGUGCUCUUCCAGACUUAAUGUUAAAGCCGUUAUUGUUAUAUGAUAAGCCCCGAAGUCGUUUACUAGAGCAAAGGAUCUUUUUGCCAGGCUUUCCUGCAUGAGUUCAGGUUUUAUAAUAACAAUUUCCUAUGGCACCAUUAGAAAAUGGAGAAGGAAAUUUAUCCCUCUAAAAUUCUACAAAUCCUGUGUGGCUUAUUUUGCUUUCUCAACUAAUCCAGUGGCACAGAAAAGAGAAUGACUCUGAGGACUGUCAGAUGCCAUUUUAGAUAUAAAUGUUAGGCAGAGAUCUCCUGAAAGGAUCUAAACUCGGUAUCUAAAAGGCAGGGUGAGGGUUCCUGCUGUCAAAAAUCAUGCUGUGCUUUGAAAGGAGUGGAAACUCACUGCUUGCUUCAGAUGAGUUACUGACACAAGCCGAGAGAUAAUUUGUUUCUGCUGAGAUAAUAGAAGAGGGCUAUCUAAUUUCUUUGUGCAUAUGAGUACACCUGUCACAUAAACUGAAUUCCUUAUGAGUAAUCCAUUUGUAAUCCAUGCAUAGGGGAGCACCUGGGGGCUUAGGGUGAAGGGCAGGUAAUAAAGAAAGAAAUAAUGUGCUAUACCCAUCAUCUAGCAAAAGACACCCUCCGUCUAUUUUGAUUACUAACGCCCAUUGAUGUUUUCUUUGAGAAACAUGUAGGAAUGAGCAGACUGCACCUCCUUCUCCAAAGUUUCUUUCAAACUCUUUUUAAAAUCUCUGCAUUUGCUUUGAAACUUUACUUCAAAAAGUAAAGUUGAAAUUUGGGGGCAACUGCAAUUAUGCCAUGGCCCUCCUUGUUUUGCCCUACUCUCAUGGGCAAUGGCUGGAGCAUUGACAAUUGGGCAGGUUAAGAGGUGGCAAUUCUAUCUAAAUCACUGCUGUCCAUCUUGUGUCAAACUGGUGCCAGCAAGUCCAGAGCAAUGUAAGUUAGGAAAGUUAGGAAACGCCAGGAGUGCCCUUGAAUUUCACAUCAGGUAGAACCCAAGAUGAAAUGCCAUGUGCUGCUUGGAUUUUGCAGUGAGAACAGGACCCAGCUCCUUACACACAUACAUGGAUUCUAACCCCUUCUGAAAAUGCCUGGGAUAUCAAGCACUGUGAGCAGUCAAUGCCGGGCGUUAAUUUGGCUAGUUCCUACGGCUUCCCAGCACAUUCCAGGGAUACUCUGGAAGGCUGCCUCAUGUUCCCUGAUCACAUCCACUGCAGCCAGUGGGUUGGAACAACACUGUCCAUUCACUACACUGAAAGCUUGACACAUGUGAGAUGGUCACCAGGCAUGACAUCCCAAGAAGAUCUGGAAGCCAUUUCACAAAGUGGGACAAGAUGAUCACAUCAUCUAGGGACCAUGAUGCUCAGGGCUUGCGAGACAGCCUCCAAUAUUACCUUUGGGAUGCCCUUCGAUUCCAUAGGAUGUCACCUUGCAUGAUCCAGUUGCAUGCAAUAAAAUGAGAAGAGGGUGUGUCCACUACCAUUGGCUGCACCAGAGGCUGGAGAAUGCCGGGUGGGCUUAAGGAGUGGUCAUGUGCAAGCAGGUAAUAUGCAAAUGGUCAUGUGCUUAUAUCCAAGCUGAAUUACAGAAGCGAUUCUGGCAUCCACAAAUCCACCCUAGUACAAUGGGGGUACAGAAUAGAUGACAUCAUCCCUUGUAAUUGCUUGCAUCAGGAGGUCGAAAAAAUAUAUAGCCACCUGAUCUAUGAGCUUGUAGAUUGUUAGGCCAUUAAAAAAUCACGGGGUGAAAUUUAACAACCCUCCAAUCAUUCAAUCUGUGCAAACAUUGCCAGAUGGAAGAUCCUUACUGUCCUAAUGCCAUGCACUGUUCUGGGGGGUUCUCCUGCCCCUCUGGACCAAUUUUGGAGAGGUGGGGGGGCAUGAGGAAGGUGAGGAAAGCCCCAUUGUGCAAGCAGAAGUUAUUGAGCAGGGCUUCCACUGAAGGGGCUGGUUGAGUGUUUCCCGUCAUAUAAAACAAUAAUUAUCGUUGUCACGUCAUCAAGGAUGGAGAUCAAGUUUGAGAUAUGAAGAUAUGGAGAUGUUUUGGUGUAAAGCUGCAGAAGGCCAGGUGGUCUGAAAUACUAAGAACUCAAGAAAAUAAUGCAGAGUUCAAAAAUGAAAAUAUUUUCAGAGAAAUUUAUUCUCCUGCUUUUCUCUGCUGCUGUUGACAGGAAAACAUAAUUGUGACUUGCUUCACUGUUGAGAAAUACAAUGCUUGAGUCAGGAAGCUGGACAGAGCUUGACUACUAUGUACCAAAAGGAAUGAAAGCCGCAUUUUGCUGGGAGUGCAUUCAAUAAAUACAUUUUCAUGGACAGUUUUGAUAUUCUAUACUUUAAAACUACGUGCUAACUUUUAUCUACUUCGUUUUUGAUUUGAUCAAUUCUUCAGUAAGGUCGCUUUCUCAUUUAGCCCAGUAUUAUUAUCAUUAUUUUCCUGCCUGGAGAUCCCAAAGGUUGAACCUAGGAUCUUCUACACGAAAAGCUCAUGAAAAGGUCUUAGCACUGAGCCACAGCCCAUCCCAAGAGAGAAUGUGUGAUCAUUUCAGUUACAUGUACAUUGACUUACUUGCAACUGGGUGUUGGAAAAUGUGUGUUUUGAGAAGGAAGGAAGGAAGGAAUUCUACAGAGGUAAUCUGCUCCAGAAGACUAGGAAACCCUCCAGAGCAGGUGUGUGGGGCCCACAGGAGAAGAAGAGGAAGGGGAAGUCCCAUUGCAUGAGCAGAAUUCCAUUUGAGUAGGAUUGUAUUAUAUUACAGUGGUACCUUGGGUUACAAACACCUCAGGUUACAAACACUUCAGGUUACAGACUCCACUAACCCGGAAGUAGUACCAAGGGUUAAGAACUUUACCUCAGGCUGAGAACAGAAAUCGUGCAGUGGCAGCGGGAGGCCCCAUUAGCUAAAGUGGUACCUCAGGUUAAGAACGGUUUCAGGUUAAGAACGGAUCUCCGGAACGAAUUAAGUUCUUAACCAGAGGUACCACUGUAUACUCCUGAAGUACCCUCCUGUCCACUCCUGGUUGUUUCUCAUGUUUAACUUCAGAACUUUCCAUAGCCUUGAUCCCCCUUACCGCUUCACUCCUAUAUCCCAUCCCAUUUCCCCUUGUGACUUUUCUGCAUUCAGCUCCACCACCCUCAGUCAUCCAAAGGCCCCCAUUUCCCCCAAACACCACAACCUGUUUCUCCCUUGCUGCCCCACCAUCGCACCAUCACCGAUAAUGAUGUUGAUCACAGCAGGCAUAGAGGAGGAAAGGGUUAAAUUCACACCCACACCCACCCCCCACCCAAUCCCAUUUUCAUUAAACAAGACAUCCCUGGCACAUUAAAUGCAAGAUAAAGGGUGGUCUUCAACUAAGUUUUGUUCAAGGUAGGCCCACUGAAAUUAAUGGGCCUAACUAAUUUCAGUGGGCCUACUCUGUGUAAAAUGGAAUGCUACCCACUGUUUGUGCUGAAGAGAUAAGUUCUACUCAAAGGGAAUAUAUCUCUCUCUCUCUCUCUCUCUCUCUCACUCACUCUCUCUCUCUCUCACUCACACACACACAUUCUGCACUUCUGAAAUAUGAGCAAAGCACUGCUCCUCAAUAUUCUGCAAGAACGUUAAAUUAGAUUGCAUACAUUAUCGGUGCCUUGCCUUUUUCCCAUGGCUAUGGAUUUUUCAUAAGCCUUGAAGAUUUUCAAACUUGACAAGUGGGAAACUAAUGGGAAAUUGGCAGAGUAACAAUCGAGCCGCCAAGUUAAAGAAGGCAAGUUGUAAUACAAGCUAACUCCCCCCCCCCUUUCCCAAGAAGGACUGUUCAUUGUGUUGUUCUCAAAUUUCUCCCACUGGGAGACCCUUUUGCUCCUCCACCCACACAAGCCUAUUUCUACCCCCCUCUCCUGCAUAUGGUGUUUCUCUUGCUGCAGAAGGCUUCGACAAAGCUCAAGCCGUCACAUCUGUGCAGCACUUAUUUCUUUUCGGAAAGAUGUUGCCUGAAUGUUAAGUUAAUGGGCCAAAUUCGUCGGCGAUGCAAAUCCCUUCAGAGUCGCCCGUUAACUUCAACAGAACUGAGUCCGGGGGAAACGUGGUUAUUUAUAUUUAAAUAAUCAGAUUCCAUUGGUAUGCAAGCAGAGACUUGCGUCAAAGGAGAAAUUAGCAGAUUUUCGGUUGUGUCAGCUGAACGACUCUGCUUCCCCUCCCUCCGCUGAUGAGCAAAAAGAAAAGAGAGAGAAGAGAACAUUCGCUGUGGACCGCAGAAACCUUCGUUCAUAUCUAAUUGGCAUUCAUGCGCAGAACACACUGCCAUUUAAGCAAAUUUGUAUGAUGCUGAAGGUUUGAAGUGGGCAACAAUUUUAAACAUGCAUAAAUAAACAAUUGGCAUCACGUGGUAAAUUGCCCUUCCCACGCAUUAAGCACCCUGCCUUAUGAUUGAUGUCACCCUGCAAUGUAACAUAGGCAAGGUAAAGUUAAGGGUUUUACUACAAAGACUCGAGUUCUGGAGUCCUCAGUCGAGUGACUGUGAGCACGAGAGAUCCCUCAAACAACCCCCUCCAUGUACUGGCACUGUAUCCGGUGCCACAUAGAACUCAAGCUUUUAGUGUGGGAUGCGGGUGGUGCUGUGGGUUAAACCACUGAGCCUUGGGCUUGCCAAUCAGAAGGUCAGCAGUUCGAAUCCCUACAACGGGGUGAGCUCCCGUUGCUCAGUCCCAGCUCCUGCCAACCUAGCAGUUCGAAAGCACGUCAAAGUGCAACUAGAUAAAUGGGUACCGCUCCGGCGGGAAGGUAAACGCCGUUUCCGUGUGCAGUUCUGGUUCGCCAAAAGCGGCUUAGUCAUGCUGGCCACAUGACCUGGAAGCUGUACGCCGGCUCCCUCGGCCAAUAAAGCAAGAUGAUGACCGCAACCCCAGAGUCAUCCACGACUGGACCUAAUGGUCAGGGGUCCCUUUACCUUUACAUUACCUCCACUUUGAAACUCCCUGCCUACUGAUAUGAGGCAGGCGGCCUAAAAGCAUGUUUGCUGAGACAAGACUAUCCAGAUGUUUAGAAAGUUGAUGCAAGUUUUAAUCUGUUUUUAGUUUCGAUUUCUGGGAAUGGAGUUGAGAGAUGACCUAACCUGGGGAGAAAAUAGCAAAGACCCGAUGAAGAGAGCACAGCAGAGGUUAUAUUUUCUGAGAAUCCUCCGGAAAAACAAUCUCUCAAAGGACCUGUUGAUGGCAUUUUACCAUUGUACUGUUGAGAGUGUAUUAACUUAUGGUCUGUGUGUGUGGUUUGGGAGCUGCAUGGUCAGGGAAAAAACAAUGCUGUCCAGGGUUGUAAAGACUGCGGAGAGAAUAAUUGGGUGCACUCUUCCCACCUUGGAUCAAAUCUAUGCUUCCAGGUGCCAUAAGAAAGCUGCAGAGAUAGCGCAGGACAGUGCGCACCCCGGAAAUGAUCUCUUUCAGCUUCUGCCUUCUGGAAAAAGGUACAGGGUUAUAAAGACUAGGACUAGCUGCCUGAGAAACAGUUUCUAUCCAAAUGCGAUUUUGGUUUUAAACGCAGUGUAAGGAGUCUCUAUGGGAAUAUAUUGUAUUUUUUAAAUGGCGUAUCUGAGUUUUUAGGGGGCUAACCAGGUUGGGAUAGCUGGGAUAGCAGGCUUGUUAGUUUUGAAUGUCUUAUGUAGAUUUUUUUUCAAUUUUGUUGUUCUGUAUGGGACAAUGACAAUAAAGAUUAUCAUAUCGUAUCGUACUAUUGAUAAUUUUAUAGGUCCCCCCCCCCCUGUAAACUGCUUUGAGGCUUUUCUUCUUAACAAUCAAACAGUGUACACAUUUUAUGAAACAGACAAAUAAAUUGUAGCCCUUUUCCCAUUUUCUUUAGUUGUGUAUUUUGUUGAUUUUUGAUUGGGAGGGUUGACUGUUUUUUCCCCUUCUUUGACAGGGGAUUGGUUUUUUGUCUCUGUUUUAUUUUGGGGGGGGGUAGGUGAUUGCCUGAUUGACAGGGCCUCACCAGUUUUUCUUCCGUGAAAUGGGCAUUUUGAAGUGUUCAUGACAGACUUCCAAAUGUAUCCCAGGCUUCCCAAAUGUUGCAGAUAUCUGCUCUAGUGCCUGGAAUGGCUUUGUCAAACAACACCAUCAGUACAAGUCAUUUUGGGUCUACAGACUGUCAAAUACUUAUUUUAGUUGUUCAAUGUGACUGUUGGUUUGGGAGGGUUUUUUCUUUUUAAGCUGACUUCUCUCUUUUAAUCAUAAAAUAUUUCCACGCUGCCUUUUGGUUCCAAAAAGAGCUCCCGAUAUAAUUUCAAAUGUCAAAUAAGAAUCAAAUAUCAAAGCAAUUAAAAGGAGUUUUCAAAGCCAAAAACAGAUAAAUAAAAACCAUAAUGAGGUAAAAUGAAAGAGCAUUAAAAAGUGCAGGGGAACAAAAAUGUCUAACUGCUUUUCUACAGGACAUCGAAGAGGGAGGGAGUUCCACAGUUGGGACUCUUGAAAAGGCCUUGUCCUACAACCCAAGUAACACCUAGGACUGAACCCCCCCUUCCAAAAUGGGUCUCUUGCCUCUCCUUCCUGCCCAGUGAUUCACCCCUGGGUGUCUGGACCUGACUCAGGGCUGUCUUGACCCAACUCAGUGUUGGGCUAUUGCCAGGGAGACAUAGGCCAUCAUGCAACCUAUAUGUCGUCUCAAGACGUUCCAUCGAUCUCCCGUAGAACAGCAUCAGUCAAUUAGCGACACGAGCCUCAGACACAUUCCAAGACUCAGGCACGCCCUUUUCAGCAAACUCCGCAACAGAAGAUGCACCCAGAAGAGCAUAAUUACAGCUUUAUUCAACGUUGGUCAGAACAGAAGAAACACAUGACUGCCUGCCUUCGUGUUGAGGCAACAGACAGAAACAAAAGCUAUAUACAAAACAGAAACUCCCUGUGAGGAGGAAGUACGCAGGCUUGUGACACACAACAGCCUACUCCCUUUUUAAGGAGGAACGGAAAUAUCCUAACAUCCUCCCCCUUUCCGUGUAACCUGUAGUACCUGUGGUUCAACCCAAUGGCAACCUCUGUACAAAAACCAUAAGUUGUUCUCUGUUAACAACCUUAGACAACAGAUCAACAGGAAUUUCAUUUCCUGGCAUGUAGGACACCUGAAUGAGUCCUUUCUGAAUACACUCUCUUGCACGAUGUAGCUUAAUCUGCAAGUACUUGGUUCUUUGCUUGCAACUCUCUGAGUUCAGCAAAGCCAAGCAGGAUCUUGAUACACUUGUAUAGGACAUUUCACAGAAACUCUGAUGUCCUGAAACAGUUGCAACAACCAUUCACAAUCCAUGAGUGAAAAUGACAGAGCAUUGAGUUCUGCUUCACAGGAACUUAGGCAUACUGUCGUCUGCUUCUUGCAUAGCCAGUCAAACGGACAGUGGUUGUACAUGUAGCAUACUCCAGAAGUGCUUGUACCAUCCAUGGUGUCACUUCCAAAACUAGCAUCUGCAAAGAUUUCAAGACCUCCAGUCUACUGACCUGUAGUGCAAAGUCCCUUUCAAAUAGCGGGCUAUGCGCUUCAGAGCUUUCCAAUCCUGAACAGUAGGAUUGUUGGCAUGUCUGCUAAGCAGGUUAGUGCUUACAGCUAUGUCAGGUCUUGAACAUCUAGCACAUCUAGCAAUGAAAGCACAUCUAGCAAUGAAAUUCAGCUUGCCUUGAAUGCACCUGUACAGUGUGGUAUCAGAAAAUGCUUCAGCAGUACUAUCUACCUGGUAACCUGUCACCAUCGGUGUGUCUGCCAGAUAUAGCCCAUGUCCUCCCCUCCACCAAAUCGACCCUAUUCAGUUUGGUAUCCAUGCUUCAGCUGAAUCCGGUGCAGAGCCCGAGUAACCACACCUGAUAGGCAACAUCUUGUAGGAAGAGGUGGUCCUUCAAAUUUCAGGGCCUGAAGCCAUUCAGGGCUUUCCCCCCAGGUUAGAUGCUGAUUUGCAUUAAAAAUACAUAACCUUGUUUGAUGUUUGAGGAACGGUCGUGUAUUAAUAUAUUUAUUUUAGGCAUUUUCUGCCCUGCCUGUCUACCCAAAGUGUACUCAGAGACAGCCUGAGAUAAAACAAGAGUGACAGAUUGUAAAAUAAAAAGCCAUAAACACAUACCAGCAGUAACACAGUAAGCAGUAUCAGAUUUCUCUUUGGAGAAAGGUUUUGGUUUUUUUAUCUGAUGUUACUUGUCGGAUUUUUAGUGGUGUCGCGCACCGCUAUGGCGUUUUGUAAUGCUCAGUGGCUUAGGCGGAACAACAACAAAGAAGGAAAUAAAUCCCGACCAUCUGCAGACGUGAUAAAGAAAAGUAACUGGGAUCAAAAAGUUGGCUAUUACAAACUGAUGUAAACUGAUCAGAUAGAUAAAUAAGUUUUACAUGGAAUCUAAAACAAUUUUUUAAAAAGAUUUGAUUUGAUUUAUUAUAUUUCUAAGCCACUUUUCCUAGGAUCAUAGAAUUGUUGAGUUGGAUGCCAACGCCUGCAAUUCAUUUCCAUUCAAACAAAUCCCAAAGUGGUUUACAAACAAUAAAUAACAGAUACGUAAUAGAACAUCACCAAUACGGCAUCUAUCAUAUACUAUAAUUAUAAAAAUGCACUAAAUUGUUUCAAAAAUAUAUGAAUUGACAAAAUGUAAACUAAACCCACAACCUUAUGAACAGUUUUGAUUCACAAGUUAUUAACAGAAGCCCAUUGCAUUUUUACUUUAGUCUUCCCUAGUGAGGUAGGUUAGACUGAAAGAGAGUGAGUGGCCCAAGUUCACCCAGCAAGAAACUGGAAUUCUGGUUUCCUAGGUACUAGUCCAGCACUCUAACUACUACACCACACAUAAAUUAAAAAUACAAAUUGAAAUCACUCAAAAAAAAUUAUUAUAAAGGGAAUAGGGCAAAUCUUUAAAAACAUCCAAUGAUAGCUCAGCUGGUUAGAACACGGUGCUAUUAACACCAAGGUUACAGGUUUGUUCCCCUAUAGGACAGCUGCAUAUUCCUGCAUUGGACUAGAUCAUGGGUAGGCAAACUAAGGCCUGGGGGCCUAAUCCGGCCCAAUCGCCUUCUAAAUCUGGCCCAUGGAUGGUCCGGGAAUCAGUGUGUUUUUACAUGAGUAGAAUGUGUGCUUUUAUUUAAGAUGCAUCUCUGGGUUAUUUGUGGGGCACAGGAAAUUGUUCAUUCCCCCCCCAAAAAAAUAUAGUCUGGCCCCCCACAAGGUCUGAGGGACAGUGGACUGUCCCCCUGCUGAAAAAGGGUCAUUUUCGACUCUACAAUUCUAUGAUUCUAUGAUCUCAGGUUUCAAAGGCCGG